CAAACCAAAUCAAUAACUAAUCAAAUUUUAUUACAUAAUAUUAAAAAUACGAUAAAUAUAACCAACACUCCAGUCCCCAACUACAAAUCAAACAACUACAAAUCAAACUCAACUACAAAUCAAACGACUAGCCCAACUACAAAAAUUUUCCAACCAUGGCCAAAGACCUCCUACAUCAACACUUGGAAAAAUUCAAAGACUCAUUCCAAAGCGGACUAAACAGCAUACAGCAGGCUGUACAACAACAAACAACGACAUUAGUAGGCUCCAGUAACUUCUACCCAACAACCUUGGUUCUACAAACUGCCCUGAAAAGCGGCUGGCUAAAAAAGUUAAGCAACGUUAUGAAACACUGGCAGAGGCGGUGGUUCGUUAUAAAGGGCGAUAAUCUGUAUUACUAUUCGAGUCAUAACGAUACGAAACCGCCUCAAGGGUGUGUUUUCUUACCUUGUUGUCAUGUGGCCGAGCAAGUUUCUAAGGGGUCUGACUGUGAUAAGUUUGUCUUCACUAUUCUUCCUGACGACAGCAACAAUUACAAUCAGGAAAGCUUCGUACUAGCUGCAGAUUCUGAUCAGGAAAGGAACAAUUGGAUGAGAAUCAUAAAAAAAAUUAUCUACAAACGCCACGGAGGAGCCAUAUUUGGUAGCUCUUUAGAGGAAACUUUGAGAUUUGAAACGAGAAAAAACCCCGGACGAACGGUGCCAGAGAUUGUAGAGAUCUGCAUUGAAUAUCUAAGGAAACAUGGAUUGAAUGAAGAGGGACUAUUUAGACUGCCGGGCUUAACUUCAAUGAUUAAGAAGUGCGUCGAGUUAUUUGACAGAGGUGAGAGGCCCCGGUUCGAAGACAUACCCAGCCUUGAUGUCCACACUGUCUCUUCGUUACUCAAACUAUACAUCAGAGAAUUACCAUCCUCACUAAUUUCGGCUGAUUUGUACGAAGGUGUUGUCAGGUUCAUGAGAGAAAUGCCGCUAGACCCAAAAACAUCAAUGGAAAAUCUCCGAAAACUUCUCUUAACGUUGACCAAAUCAAACUACCACCUACUAAAAUAUCUCUGCACGUUCUUAAGCGAGGUAUCAAAAAACAGCGCAACCAACAGAAUGAACAGUCACAACCUUAGCACAGUUUUUUCAACGGCGUUUCUGCGUCCGGAAUUCGGCGACGACGACGCGGCGCUGAUGAUGGCGACAAGUGAAGCCAGAAAAGCUGUGACUUUUGUUAUAAUAGAGAAUCAGGAAUGGUUAUUUAACUUCGAGUUAACGCCUUUUGGUGGAACUGUUGUCAUUGAGGAUUUACUUGGCUUUAAAUUUGACGAUGACAACACAACAACCCACAACAACUAUGAUGACGUCAGCAAUAGUAGCUCGAGUAACAAUAGUCACAGCGACAAAGAAUUCGGUAGAAAAUCCCCACAAAUUAAUGAAGAAACGUUUAAAGAUUUGCUGGAGAUAGAUUUUAGUGGGAAGGUUAUAAAUUAUUCUUUGUAUAUUAUUAUAACUAAUAAGAUUAUUGAUAAAUAUUUAGUAAAAUUAUUAUUUUAUUAUACUUUUUAAUUAGGCACGACACAAUAUAAUGGCGUCGGCGUCGAUUAGCUAAUUCUUAAUCUUCAUUCUUG